AUGAACCGACCCAGUCAUACCCAUCAACCACCAUACCCCGAUCCACAUCCAAGACCCAUACCUUUUAACUUCCCACAUCACCAAGUAGACUCGCAACGACCUCGUACCGCGUUUCCACAUCCUCACCCCCUUCCAUUCUUCAUUGUCUCGCUUCAAGCGACUUUCCUGUUCAAAUCUUUAUCUUCUUUCUCUUCUUAUCGCACUACGCGAUCUUCCUGUUCUCUUUCUUGUUACAUUACUUGA